AUGUGGAUGGCCCUUAAAACAAGUGGGGACCUCCACCAGGGAACCUCCACCAGGGGACCCCUCACUAGGGGACCUCCACCAGGGGACCCCUCACUAGGGGACCUCCACCAGGGGACCUCCACCAGGGGACCUCCACCAGGGGACCUCCACCAGGAGACCUCCACCAGGGAACCUCCACCAGGGGACCCCUCACCAGGAGACCCUUCACUACGGGAGCUCCACCAGGGGAGCUCCACCAGGGGACCUCCACCAGGGGACCUCCACCAGGGGAGCUCCACCAGGGGAGCUCCACCAGAGGACCCCUCACCAGGAGACCCCUCACUACGGGACCUCCACCAGGUGACCCCUCACCAGGGGAGCUCCACCAGGGGAGCUCCACCAGGGGACCUCCACCAGGGGAGCUCCAGCAGGGGAGCUCCACCAGAGGACCCCUCACCAGGAGACCCCUCACUACGGGACCUCCACCAGGUGACCCCUCACCAGGGGAGCUCCACCAGGGGAGCUCCACCAGGGGACCUCCACCAGGGGAGCUCCAGCAGGGGAGCUCCACCAGAGGACCCCUCACCAGGAGACCCCUCACUACGGGACCUCCACCAGGUGACCCCUCACCAGGGGACCUCCACCAGGGGAGCCCUCACCAGGGGACCUCCACCAGGGGACCUCCACCAGGGGACCCCUCACCAGGAGACCCUUCACUACGGGAGCUCCACCAGGGGAGCUCCACCAGGGGACCCCUCACCAGGAGACCCCUCACUACGGGACCUCCACCAGGGGACCUCCACCAAGGGAGCCCUCACCAGGGGACCUCCACCAGGGGACCUCCACCAGGGGACCUCCACCAGGGGAGCCCUCACCAGGGGAGCCCUCACCAGGGGACCUCCACCAGGGGACCUCCACCAGGGGACCUCUCACCAGGGGACCUCCACCAGGAGACCUCCACCAGGGGAGCUCCACCAGGGGAGCUCCACCAGGGGACCCCUCACCAGGAGACCCCUCACUACGGGACCUCCACCAGGGGACCUCCACCAGAUGGAGAUCCUGCCAGUGUGCCUCCAGAAAGAUUAG